GGUAAGGUGAUGUGUUCCAUGUGCGUUCAUAGCCACCAUUAUAUUUCAGGCAGUUCUGCAUUAACAGAGAAGCUGACUUUAUCACCAAGCUCUUUGAAGAUGUUAUAGAGUGCUCUGCAUUAUUAUCGAGGAUUGUCAAAGCCAGACACCUCUGCUGGUGGCUCAUUGUUGUUCGGUCUAUAUAUUGCAUAGGGAUCCACCAUUCCUAGUCUGGAUAGCAGGUUGAUGUCAGUCCUGAAUGAAUAUUAUCUGUUGCUUCUGACAUUGGCGUCUGCAAUUUUAAAAGUUUUCUUGGGGGGGGGGGGGGGGAGUUCGUCAACAGCAAGGUUACUGUUUUUUGUGCCUUUUGCUUUUUUCCCAUUUCACGGCCUGUCAUAUGAUGGUACUGAAGCAAAUGGCAAGAGGGGCAACAACAGCAUCAUCACAGAAUUCUUGCGGCAAAAAUAGGCCAUUCAGCCCGUUGGUCUGCUCUGGAUAAGUACAAGAACAUCUCAGCUCGCCCAACUACCCUGCUGUCACUUUCUGAACAAACUGGGAAAGUACCAAGUGCCGGUAUUUGUACUGUACAGCCACAUUCUGACCAGCAUAGUCAUGGUGAUGUUUAACAUAUCCAUGAGUUUAAAGAAUGACACAACGCAGGAGGCCACUCAGCCUCUGCUAGCUUUUUGAAAGAGCUUCAACCUGCUGUUCUCGGCGAAAAUAAACAAAUAAAAACCCUCCAAGUAUUUACGCAAUAAAUUCAUUUUACAGGUUAUAACGUGAACUGUCUGCUAUGAGGCGGUGCAUUGAUUGAGUGUGUUAAAGGGCAGAGUGGGGGUCGCGGGGCCACAGAAACUUGCCCCGGUGUUGCAGAGUCCCAGCAGCGCCUCCUGUUAAAGGGGAGGGGACGCCAGUUAAAGGGGAGGGCGAAUUCCUGCCAAAAUGUAGCGAAAAGAUGGCGGAAACGGCCGAGGCUGACGUCAGCGCGGCCCGAAGUGCGGCCGGGCAGCAAGAAGGAUCAGCAAUGGCGACUGUGGAGAGGAGACUACCCAGUCCGGAGGCGCUGGCGGGACAGCCCUGGACCCACUGGAUCGAUGCCGCCAAACAGCACGGGGCGGACGGCACCGAAUUGGAAGAAACUUUUAAGGAGUGCGGGAAAAACCGGGAGGUGAUGCGGCUGAGCCGGGAAGAUAUGCCAAUAUUUGGUCACUGUCCAGCACAUGAUGAUUUUUAUCUGGUGAUGUGUAAUCAUUGUAAUCAAGUUGUAAAGCCCCAGGCCUUUCAAGCACAUUAUGAAAGAAGACACGGUACUUCAAGCAAACCACCUGUGACUCCUCCACCCUCCAACUCUUAUUCUUCCCCGUUCUCAAAAAACAGAAGCGGUAGUGAUUGUGGGAACAGUCGCUCUUCUGGUGGAAACUGUGCUUCGUUUGGCUCUAAGAUACAGAAAUCCCCCAAAGAGAAACUUCACUUCAGUGGUAUGAGCAGACCACUUUACCUGGUUCACCAUGGCAAGAUGCACCAUGAUAAAAACAUGACUUCAGUGGUCAGACCAGAGAAGAUGCAUCCUAAUGUGAAGAUUGAUGGCACAUCAUUGAAAAUGAUGCCAGUUCCUGUUCAUUCCACCACUGUGAAUGCUUCAAUAAAAACUGGCCUUAAUUGCCCUACAAUACCAAAGGCACCCCUGCCCUCCACUGGACAGAUACCCAAUGGUAAAAAUCUUCUGUCAACUCCUUCAUCCUCAGAAAAGAAACUUGAAGAUGCUAAAAAUAUCAAGAAAUCCUCUUCUCAUAAACGACUGUCAGAGCGGGAAUUUGACCCAAACAGACACUGUGGUGUUCUCGAUCCUGAAAGCAAGAAACCAUGUACAAGAUCUUUGACAUGCAAGACACAUUCCUUGAGCCAACGGAGAGCAGUACCAGGUCGCAGGAAACAUUUUGACCUUUUGUUGGCUGAGCACAAAAACAAACCCAGGGAAAAAGAAUCUCAUCGAAUCUCUGAGCAUCAUCACCAGGCACCCCUUCUCAGGGAAUCACAUCCCUCACCAUCUAAAACUUCCCAGGAAUUGCAUCAGAAUUCCCAUGGGAAUAUUACAUCGGAUGUAAAACAAAUGGUGUCUGGCAAAACCAAACUUCACAAUCCAAGUCUUCCAAGGCCUGCCGGUUGUACAUUACAGCACAGUGGCAAUACCACUACUGACACCACACCGGUGUGCGAAUCUCACCCCUCAUUAGUGGGAUCAGACUCCGCAUCCAGGUUGUCUAGUGAUGAGGGAGAAUGUGACGAUAAAGAGGAAUCUGCAGAAAAACUAGACUGCCAUUAUUCUGGACAUCAUCCUAGACCAGCAGCUCUUUGCACCUUUGGAAGCCGGCAGGUUGGCCGAGGCUACUUUGUCUUUGACAGGCGAUGGGACCGCUUUCGAUGUGCACUUAGCUCUAUGUUUGAAAAGCAUCAUAAUUCUCAGAUGUGGAAAAGAAUUCCUCCUGCAGUGGAAAGCCCUACUUCAGCACAGUCAAGCCCAUAUGUUACUAGCACAAACUCUACACUGUCACAUUACAGUGUUAGUGCUACAGGUUUUAUUCCCUCUACGUCGUUAUCAUCUUUGGCACCUCCAGUGUUGGUUUCUUCUCCAUUUAUGUCACCCAUUGAAAGUAAAUCUGUGCUAUCAUAUGCAACUACUCUAAAUGCUCACCCUGCUGCCUUGGGCGUCAUGGACCCUGCUUAUUGUAUGCAAUCUAGACAUGUGUCUUCACCUUCUGUGAUGCCUUCUGGGCUUUCUUCAGUUCCUUCACCCGUAUUUAAUAAACCUCAAAAAAUGAAACCCAGCAAGUCUUUUAAACCUAAAGAUCUGUCAUCUACCAGCAGUAAUAGUAAUAGCAACACCAGUAGCAACAAUAACAGCAGCAGUUCUGGAAAGAAAAGAAAAAAUAUUUCUGCACUGCCACUGCAUUAUUCUUCCACUCAUUCCACAGAAUCUCUGAAGAAAAAUUGUGUGAAUUCUGGGAGCUUGGGGACCUCUUUCUACUCAUCUGUCACCUCAUCAUACAGCAGCGUGCACAACGUCAGUCUAAAUUGUACAAGCAAGAUGAACUCUUCAGGCCUCAAACAUGACCAAUCAGGAAAAGGACUCCAAAUGGGGAUUCCUGCAGAAUCAAUUAAACGAAUGAGUGUUGUUAUGAACAGUAGUGAUUCCACUCUUUCUCUCGGGCCAUUUGUUCAUCAGUCAAAUGAACAGACUGUAAAUUUACAUGGUGGCUUUUCACACCCACAUACCCCACUGGACAAACUGGAAGGGAAAAAGCGGAAAAGCUCACCAGGUUCAAGUACCAUAAAUAGUGGUAACAAAUCGAACAAGAUUGCCAAAUCACCUGUGGUAAACAAUGUUCAUUCAAAACAUCCCAACGUGAUCCCAGGAACACCAGGGCUUUCCAACAACACUCUCCUUCAUCAGCCAAAGGCCCGACCCUAGUACCAAUGCUCUACUGGAAGAAACUGGACAUCUUUAUUUUUUUUUAAGCAGGCAUCUAAGAGGCCUUGGAAUUAUCUCAACUUCCUGUAUUCCUCAGGUCUGGAGGUACUGUGGUUAGCAGAAUUUAAGCAUUGAAUAGGCUCUAAAGCCAAGUUUGUGGAAAUGCCAGCUUCUGUAAUGGCAUAUUUUAAAUUGAAUUCACAUAGAUAUCUAGAUAAAAUUUGGCCAUUGCAGCUGUUCAAAUCAGUAUUAAAUAUUGGGUAUGGCGAUAAAAUGACUACUGAUCUGAGAUUUAUGCAAAGAUGCAGUUUUUAAACAACUUUCCACUAAUGAGUGCAUUGCUGAACAGAACUGCCAAGAGUUUAAGCAUAAGCAUAAUGACAAAAUAAGUUAAUGGGAUGUUUUUGUUUUAACGACCCUUGGCAUCUACUGGAAAUUUGUAACACAAAACAAAUAUGUUGUAUUUAUUUUUUCAUUAGAUUUGUGUGUACUGUGUCUACAAUUGAACUAAACAGUUGCCAAGUAUGAUGACUUGUCAGGUUAUUUUUGAAGUUACUGUUUUAUUUUUGUUCAAUCUGCAAAUCUUGGCUUUUUUGAGCAGACAAAAAUGUGGAAUUAAAAUGACAAAUCGGAAGUUAAAGUCCAGCAAAUGCUAUAGAGUUUUGUUUAUGGUGAUUAUUUUAAGAUUUUUGUGUGUAAAUUCUAACUGCUAUCUGGUUAGAAAUACAGCAGACUGGUGAGCUGAAAGAAAAUUGCAUCAUGUUUAGAGUAUAAAUGCAACAAUUUUAUCUUUAUGAAUAAAAGUAUUCAAGUUUGCUUAAAUUAAUCAAUUUUGUACCAUGAGUGUGGUACAAACUACUGGGAUUCAGUGGCAUUUGCAGCUUGGUCUUGCCUUUAGAAAAUGGUAAGAAAAUGAAAUGAUUUUAGUGUACGCUGCUUCCUCCCCUUUUGGCCUAUGUGUAGUCCUCAAUUUUUGCACUAAUAGAUUAUAUCCGUAAUCCCAACUAUUCUGGAAUAGAUUUUAAUAAAAAGGGAUACAGUUGAGUUUUCAUGUCAGAAUGUGAAAAAUCAGGGAUUUCAAAAUGAAUUCCACAAAACAUGCUUAAAAUGACCACUUUAUUGAAAAUUUGGGCACUUUUCGACAUUUUCCCUACUUGUCUACAAAUUGGGUAAUCAGCUGAAAGCAAUGUUUGCAACACCAAUCGUGUUGCACCUUUCUCUUUCUCCCCAAUCUAGAUGUAAGGAAUAAUGUGUGUACAGUAUGGAGAAUGUGAGCAUACACUAACACAAUGUUACAGUAAUCUUAAUAGAUUUUUGUGGAGAAUCUAAUGAAUGCUAUAAAGACAGAUUUAAGAAAUUGAAAAACUAGUGUAUAGUUACUCUUGAAAUCAUUGAACAAAUGGCAGGAAAACAAUUAAAUAAGCCAUCUGUUGCAUAUGCAAUUCCUCAACAUUUUAAGUUGGUGACCAAGUAAUAAUGCCAUUUCCUUGCUGGGUUGCAAAGGCUUCUAUUAAUAUAAAAUCGCUCCUUUCUGCUGUAAUAAAAUGGCACACCUUCUGCAUCCAAGUAGAUAUUUUUACAACUGGCUUUUACUGAACCUUACUUGUUCCUUUGGGACAGUUAUCAAUUGUAACUCUGUUUUCUUACCCCAAUUUUCAACAAACUAAGUGUCACAAAUUUU